UAUAUAUCUUUGGCAGUGCACUGACUGGCCAUGUGAAAGCUCCAACGAGUCUCAGCGAAUGAGUCACGGCUUGUGAGGUCAUCGCCUGACAUGCGGCUCCUUUCUGAACGUGUGCAUGGCCCCUGUGUACGCUGUUAUCCAGUGCUCGGCUGAAGGGCCGACUUGGCUCGUGUGCCAACAGAGAGGGCUCUGUGUGCCCACUGUGGCAUGUGUGUCUUAUGUUCGCCACUACUGAUCUAGAGUGUUUAUUCAUCCUGCAUUGUUCCCAAGAGGUCACUAAACAUUUCCUCUACUUGGUGGAAUUAUUCAUACUCUUAGAAAAAAAUUAACUGUUUAAAAAGAUUGUGUUUGCUUUGAGCAUAUGAAACCACCUUUCAUUAAAAUUGAUCACAUUUAUAUAUUUAUUUAUUUACAUAUAUUUAUAAGUUGCCUAUAAUUGCCGAGACCUUCCCAGGCAACUUACAAUGUAAAAAUAUAUGCACCCUUCCCAGGUCCAAUGCCUCCUUCUAUGCUUCUGGGGGCUGUAUUCCAAUGAAGACCUGGAAAGGGGUGUCUGAAACAAGAACACUCCUAACUAAGCAGUUCCCUUCAUAUCUUUUACUAGUGAACGAUUAGGAUGCUGUGUUUUAUUUUACUUUGUCUCAUUGUUAAACUGUCCGGAGACUAAGGUAAGGGACAGUCUAAAAAAGUUUUAAAUAAAUGAAUAAAUAAACAAAAGUUUCCAAAUGUCUAUCCAUAUGGAACCAACUGGCACCACUGACGCAUGAGAGAUCAGAAGUACAAAGGGAUAUUCCUGAAAAGGAGGAAGGGACCAGAAUAGCCCAGUGACGAGUGAUCAUGCCUAGUUGGAAUGGAUUGCAACUGCCUACUGGGUGUGUGCAGAGACAGAAAGCCAGGGCCAGAAAAGGAAGGGGCUGUCGGAACACGAUGGCAGGCAACCUGGCUCUCUCCUGACGGCAGCUUCUCACCCUCCUGACUACAAUUUGAAGCAUUCUCUAGCCAGCCACGCCACCGCCCCAGUUCUAGAGGAAGCCUUCCCAGGCCUUUAUUCCCCCCUAAACUAAACGAGACCCAAACUUGCACCCACCCAACCCUCGUGGCAAAGGCACUUGAUUCUCUGUCCGUUCAGUGGCUUUUUUUAUUUAAUCCUCUUUCCAACUCUACCAUAGCCCCCUUGACGGCGGGAGACAACCAAAACUAUAGUUCAGGAUUAAUUACCGAGCAAGCCCUAUGCAGCUGCGCCCGCAUUUUUACAGAUGGGCGUAGCCCUGGCCGAUGACCACAGAAAGGGCUUGCACAUUCGGAUUAAUACGGUAUCGAGGUGGAAAGACAUGACAUGAAUACUCUCAGUUUGCCUCUUAAUAUUCGCCGAGGAGGUUCAGAUACUAACCUCAACUUUGAUGUUCCCGAUGGUGUGUUUGAGUUUCAUAAAGUAAAACUCAGUGCAGACAGUUUAAAACAAAAGAUUCUGAAAGUUACAGAGCAGAUAAAAAUAGAACAAACAGUUAGGGAUGGGAAUGUGGCAGAGUACUUGAAGCUGGUGAACAGUGCAGACAAACAGCAAGCUGGGCGUAUUAAACAAGUGUUUGAAAAGAAGAACCAAAAGUCUGCCCAUUCUAUAGCCCAGUUGCAGAAGAAAUUAGAACAGUAUCACAAAAAGCUCAAGGACAUUGAACAGAAUGGUUCCUCUAAAACUACUAAGGAUACAUCCAAAGACAAUCUGAGGGAAAUCCAACACACACUAAAGGAUGCCCAUGGAAAAUCUCGUACUACUGGCCACAGCAAUGAGAACAGCAAAACAGGUGUUCCUGGUGUUUCCUUGACACCACCGGUGUUUGUUUUCAGCAAAUCCAGAGAGUUUGCAAACUUGAUUCGGAAUAAAUUUGGUAGUGCUGACAAUAUUGCUCAUUUAAAGAGCAGUUUGGAUGACUUCAGGCCAGAAACUACUUCUAGAGCAUAUGGUGGCAGUGCCACUAUAGUGGCCAAGCCAAAAUACACCAGUGAUGAUGAAUGCUCAAGUGGAACAUCUGGCUCUGCAGACAGUAAUGGAAACCAGUCCUUUGGCCAUGGAGGGACAAAUGCUCUGGACAGCCAUGGAAAACUUUCUAUGCUAUUGGAAGAGCUGCGGGAAAUAAAGGAAGCACAAUCCCAAUUAGCAGAAGACAUUGCAAGUUUAAAAGUCCAGUUCAAAGCAGAAUAUGGAUUUAUUUCUCAAACACUGCAGGAAGAAAGAUACAGAUAUGAGCGAUUAGAAGACCAGCUGAAUGAUCUAACAGACCUCCAUCAGCAUGAAACAGCCAACUUGAAACAAGAACUAGCGAGCAUUGAAGAAAAAGUAGCAUAUCAGGCCUAUGAACGGUCACGAGAUGUUCAGGAAGCACUGGAAUCUUGCCAGACACGGGUGUCUAAGCUGGAGCUCCACCAGCAGGAACAGCAAGCACUGCAGUCGGAAACUGUUAAUGCCAAAGUCCUACUGGGAAAAUGUAUAAAUGUAGUCUUGGCCUUCAUGACAGUCAUUCUAGUGUGUGUUUCCACAAUAGCAAAAUUCGUAGCUCCUAUGAUGAAAAGCCGUUUCCAUAUUAUUUGCACCUUUUUUGCAGUAACUCUUCUUGCAAUUUUAUGCAAAAACUGGGAUCAAGUUGUCUGUGCCAUAGAAAAGAUGAUCAUGCCAAGAUGAAUCAACAACACCAGAGCCUUUCUAGUACUUCUAAACAAACUACCAAAUCUUUAAUUUUGCAGCUUAACUGCAAAGAUUAAUGAAGACUUUUUCCUACUAAGUAUAAAUAUGUUAAGACUGAUAACUCUUAGCAGUGCUUUCACCUGAUCAGUCAUGCUGUAUGGAAUAAGGUGAUCCUAUUAUUAUUUAGUAACCUGUGUAAAUCUUUUUGCCUUAAUCCAAUCAUGUUUUCUACACCUCUGAUCUCCUGAUGAUCAUGUCUUAAAUAACUGAUAUUGACUAGACUUGGGUGUAGGAGGAUAUCAUAAAGAUAGGUAAGUUACAACAAUCCUAUUUGGGAGACUGCAUUUUAAUAAAUGGGAAUCUAAUCAUCCUACCUUUACACAAUAACUAUUCUUGCCCUUAUGAAGCAAUGCAAAAGGUGAGAUAAACAUACUCCCAGACGUGGCAACCCCAUUUCCUCUUUUUCCUAGUGAUCAACAUUCAAAAGUGAGAAACUGUGGAGUUUAAUAACACUUUUGUACACAAUUAACUGAGACCCUUCCUAGAAUUUUUGUUUGCUCUAUAAAUUAAUAUUGAAUUCCACCUUGAUUUUGUUGCAUAAGCUUGGAAAAUAUAAAUGGCUGAUCCAAUUUUUGAAUGAAUAAUGAUCUGUGAAAGCAUCAUCCAAAUAAGGGUAUCGGUACUUGGCAGGGGAUUUCUGUGGUCCAACAAGAUUCCUUUUUGCCAGAAAUGUAGAAAAAUGGGAGAAGGUGUCCUUGUUCCUUCAGAAGCUGGAAGAAGGGCUGGUCCCCCAGCCUAAUUUCAGUAGCUUUUUGUAAAUGACCUGUUCAGACCUCUGCCAAGCAAUCUGUUCCUUCCCUGGCAGCCAUCCGGGCAGGAAAAGGGAGAAAUGGGGUGCCCCCUUUAAUUUCUUCUGAGUCCCGGAUACUGCCCUCACAACAAUGUGGCCUUUACAGCAUCCCUGCUCCAGAGGCUGUCUUGAUGGUCUAGUGGCUGGCGUCACAAAGAACAGUGAGAAGCAGGAUGCACAGAGAAACAAAAUGGGCCAAACUCUUCUCGAGUUUGUUUUCACUUUUCAUAUCAAAUACUUUUCAACCAUUCAGAUGCACAUAUUGUGCACUCCCUUUUGCCCCUUUCCCUCUUUAUGUUUUGUACCCCCCAGCAUAUCCCUACCAACCUAUCUGUCCACCUCUGAAGCUGAGCAGUGCUGCUCUCCUGCCAACAUUUAGCUAUAGCAGGGUAAUAUUCUCAGAUCAGCCUACAAGAACACCGUUAUCACUGUGAAGUUGCUAUUGAAAGAAAACUUCAUGUAUAUGAUAUUUGGAUAAUUGGGUAGGAGGUGAAAAGGUGGGAGAUACAAUGGUGUUUCUCCCCGCCACCUGCCACCCCUGUUUCAGACUAUUUUAGUAGGAGAAAGUCCUGUUGAGCUGGACUCCUAGGACAAUUCUGGAUGGAGGGCUUCUGCUUGUGAAUGGAAAUGGCUAACACUGCACUGUUGCCAGCACGCUACUGCAAAAACCUUGCCCAUCAUGGAAGGAUCAGGGUCAGUGUUCGGUUAGCGAUCUGAACGCUAGGAAAACAGCGGUGGAAGCACUUGCAAGAAUUCUGUUUUGAUGCACACUGAAGGCUUAAUAAAAACUGUGCAGCCCUCCUGGGGAAAGUCCUGAAUCUAGAAAGAUCCCUUGAGAGCUGACAAAAUUUCAGGAACUAAUAUAACAGCAUUGUUAUGAUGUAAAUACUGGUAACAUAAGCACUUUAAUAUGGUUUAAAAUCAAUAUGUGCAAUGUUUUUCUUUAAAAAGUCAGAACUGUACUUGUUGAUGGCACCAACAACAGAAACAAGAUAGGAAUCAUUGUGAACUAUUUCAGGAAUCCAGUGGAGACAAUAUGAGUACUUUUUAAAAACUUUCCACAUUUAGUUACUCACUGAACCCUGUGUAACUUUGUAAAACCUCUCUGUAAUUGUCAGGCAUAAUAUUUAAGCAAAUCUGCCAGUAAAGUAAUAUUUCCUUUCCCUGCA